CCCAAAGUGAAAAACGGCUCAAUAUAUUCUUGUCACAAUUCAAAACGCAGCCCGUCAAAGGCAAAGGGACAUCUCGAAAUGUCUGGUUUUGAAGUCGCUGGUAUCGUCCUAGGGACGAUUCCCCUACUCGUCUCGGCCCUGGACGCCUACUGCAGCCUCAUGCGCGACUGGGGAAAAGCCCCUUCGGAGCUGAAGAGCCUCAACCGACAAUUGACAACCGAGCGUGCAAAGCUAUACAACGUCUGUGAUCAGCUCAUCAGCGAUGUGGUCCCACAGCGAGAUAUCGAGCCAAUGCUACAGGAUCCUUUUGGGCCCUUAUGGCAAGCCAAGGAGACGAACGAGAAGAUUCGACGGAGGUUGUGGCGCUCGUAUGAACCGUUCCAAGACACAGUCCAGGAAGUGGGAGAAGCGCUUGAUGAUGUGAUGCAACGCCUCAGAGUGCACGUUACUCACGAUGGAAAGGUCGAAUGGGUCAAUCGAGGAAAGAUGACGCGCGAAUUCAAGAAGUUGCUGCACCGCUUGAAUAGAAAGGAUUACCAGGACGCGCUCGACACCAUCUCGAGAGGAAUAAGCAACCUCGAGGGGCUAGCACGCCUAAGCGUUACUCUUGAGCCCAGCCGACGGAAGCAGUCUCGCGGGAAACUUUUUACAGUUUUGCGGGAUCUUUCUACGAGCAUCUAUCGAGCUCUUUGCUCUAGCAUCCUAUGCACUGACUCGCACGAUGUGAGUCUUGAACUGGCGACGCGAUUCAUCGACAUCGGACACGAAGAUGAAAAUGAAAAGGUUAUGCGCGAUGCACAAUUCAAAGUCGCAAUUUCAUUCGAAGUAACCGAUAAUGUGGGCAAUAAACGGUUCUGGGAUGAGGUCAAUAUCAAGACAGCGCUUCCCUCGACGGAGACUCCAUCCAAGCCAUGCGCCGUUGCAUCCAAGACAAAGAAGAUCAAAGGUGUCACCUUCUCAAUCAACCAGAAACUACCAUUCAUCAACUCUGCAAAAUCGGAGCCUGAUAUUAAAAGCGCAUUGACACUUCUCACCCGAUCGGCCACAGACAUUGCCUUUAUCAAAACCCCUCCUGAAGGCGCCAGCGAAAUGAUAGAACCACUUCUCGACCUUUGUCUGACCCUGAAAAACAGUCGCCAAGCACGCCCGGUCUGCUACGGGCACUUGAUCGACAAAGAGUGUACCAAUCGGCAAUUUCAGGUAUACCCGCUUGGGACGACGACUAACAGCAAUGACUGGUCUAUCAUCACGUUGAAUGAUGUUUUCGAGGGGAAAAAGGGCCUACAACCAUUGACAUCGCUAGCAGAAAGGGUUCGACUUGCACUCGCCAUCGCGUCGAGUGUGCUUCAGCUGAGCAACACGCCGUGGCUUCCGGAGGCUCUGACACGCAACAACGUGCACUUCUUCAGACGGGGUGUGAAUCCGUCAUAUGAGCAGCCGUUCCUGCUAAAGAGUCUUCCGAAGGGUCCAGCUGGGUCUCUGGGAACCGGUUCCUCUGUACCAGGAGCUAAAUCCGCAUUAAUGAGCAACCCAACUAUGUUUGCGCUCGGGAUCUUGCUGUUGGAGAUCAUCCUAGGUUCCACGAUUGACCAACUGCGUGACCCAGAUGAAAAGGCAUUCGAAGGUGACGACCUUGGCAUCAUCCGCGAUUCGAUCGCGGCACACAAAUUGCUAGAACGUAGAGUAGCGUUGAUCAACCCCACCUACAAGGCGGUUGUCGAGCGUUGUAUAGGGUGCACGGAAGCGAAAGGUCUGGAGGAGGAUGAUUUCCGGCAGGAAGUUUACAAUGGGGUUGUGAUGGAGCUGGAAGCAAUAUUAGACCACACGAAGCUUGGGAGUAUGAGUAUGUAGUGACUAAUGAGACUUGUCAUUGAGGAUGUG